CCUCUGAUGGACUUGAAGGCAUCGUGCUCCAGGAUUGGAAAGACUCUGACGAGGGUGGGCAGUUACCAGAAGAGUUGACAAAAGUCUGCACUGUCUAUACAGAGUCCUCCCACCUAAACCCAGCUACCCCUGCCUCUCUCGCGCAGUCCCUCACUUGUCCUCUGUGUGCUUCAUUAACGUACCCGUCUAGGAGCAGUGAGCAGAAGUGUCCGGCCAGGAACCAUGGGCAUCCGAAGCAGUUACAUCGGUCUUUCUAGGCUUAUCUUCAUUGGCGCUCUGGCCAUCUGCAUGGCUUUUGUGCAGUCAGAAACAGUGGCUGAUUCCUCCCCUACACUGCAGUAUGAUAAUCAGGACACACUAUCCGGUGCUGGAAGCUUCGAUGUGACCACAAAAAUACCUUUACAAGAAGACCCCACAGAGAGCACCCACACCUAUGAUUAUGAGGACGGAACAUACUCAAUAACUCUGGAUGAGGAAGAAGUUGUGUUGGGGCCAGGUGCCAUCACAGCUAUCGUCAUCGCCGUGUUCCUCGGAGCCUCUGUUCUUCUCGCUCUCAUUGUGAUCAUGCUCAGAAAGUUUACUGCCUCUUAAGGGACAUUUAUGUGUUUUCAUUUCCUCCCUUCCUCAAACCCAUCUUUUCUUUUUACUUUCCUCUGAACUGUAUUUUCAUGUGUCUCAUUGGUGGCAGGUCCUUCAUGAAAUGGAUGCUCUUUGCUGAGACCUGUUUUGUGAUUUCUUACUCCUAUAAAACUGAAGACAGAGAAAAACAGAAUUAGGCUGAACAAAAAAGUAACUGCAAUCAAGAGAAGUCAUUGGUUCAUUUGUUUGGUGACCGUAUAAUCAAUAUCCUCUUGUAAUAAGGUUUAGACUUAAAUGUUAAAAGGCAGAAUUAUUAUAUUAAAGCCACAUUUUAAGAUAUUUAAUACCAUCCAUCCUUUUUUUUUGUUUCAUACUGAUACUGUAUUGUAUGAUACUGUAUUGUAAUGUAUACCAACUUUCUUGUCCUUUAGAGUUUGAUAAAGUUUGUGCGUGUGUGUGUACAGUAUGUAUUGAGUGAAAUCAAAGCAGUCUGAGAGUGAGUGAUUUAACUGAACUUUUAUACAUAAACUGAUGAAACUGUCACCUUGUGAUUGGUCACUGAACAGAUAAAGAGACCAUGUUUAAUCCUC